AUGGAUGUUAACCGCAGUCGUCUGCUGACCACAGCUCGUCCUUAUCUUCAGGUUCUUUCCAUGUUCGGACUUACACCUCCACCUGUAUUUUUUACCAGGACAUUACACAAGCGACGUAAAGGCUACUUUAUAGUUGGAUACGUCUGCUACUUGUUUGGAAUUCUUCUGGUGGUCUUUUAUGAGUGUUAUGCAAACAUUGUAGCCCUUCAUCAGGAAAUAAAGCAAUUUCACUCGGAGGAUUUCAGCAAAGUUAUGGGAAGGACACAAAAGGUUCUCGUGGUGACCAUGGCCAGUUGCAACCAACUAAAUAUGCUACUGAACUUUCCCCGACUUGGACGAAUCUACGAGGACAUUGCGGAUCUGGAACUACAGAUAGAAAAAUCUUCGAAGGGCUUUAGUGGACGAAGAUAUUGGUGGAGCUUCAGAUUCCGAAUGGCCCUUUUCGUGGGACUAUGGAUGGUGCUGAUAAUAAGUUUUAUUCCACGUCUUACCCUCCGGCGUCUGGCACCCCUGCUUCAUUGGGCAAAUAAAUUAUCUACUGAGAUCAUCCUGAUAACACUACAACUUAAAGGUCCGGAGUUUUGCGUGUUCGUGCUUCUGGUUUAUGAGCUGAUCCUCCGAGUGCGGCAUAUCCUUGAGCAGGUCUAUACAGAACUUGAGGAUUGUAAUUGCAGGGAGAGGUUUCAGGAGCUGUGUGUGGUCCUGAAAGGCAAUCAGCUACUGGUGGGCAGAAUCUGGAGGUUGGUGGGUGAGAUUGGAUGUUAUUUCACUGUAUCUAUGACUUUGCUGUUUCUCUUCAAUGGACUGACUAUCUUGCACGUCGUCAACUGGGCUCUCAUAAAAUCUAUCAAUCCGAACGAUUGCUGUCAGUACUCGCGAAUCGGUGUUAGUCUGUUACUAACUAUCAAUAUUUUUCUGGCCUGCCUAUAUAGUGAAUUCUGCAUCAAAGCGUAUAAUAGCAUCCCACGAAUCCUUCACCAAAUUUAUUGCCUGCCUGAAACGGAAGAUUAUCCAAUGCUAAAAAUGGGCCUCAAGGAAUACUCCUUGCAAAUGCAACAUCUAAAGCUGAUCUUCACAUGCGGCGGGUUCUUCGACAUGAAUCUAAAAUUUUUCGGAGGGAUGGUCGUAACCAUAUUGGGCUAUAUAAUUAUUCUUAUACAAUUCAAAAUUCAAGUUUUUGCGCAAUCAAAAUAUUUUGAGAACCAAAACAUUAGCGAAAUUUAUGAUGAAUAAGGUAACACGUCA